UAUGGAUCAGCGGGGAGUGAAAAAACUGCCGUUUGCGCCCCGUUCGCUUUGCGUUUUGCAGCGAGCGCGCAGAUCUGUCGCCGUGCAUUGAUCGGUUCCCUUCCACGGUGGGAAGUGCGGGGAAGACAGAGAGAGAGAGGCGGGACUUGAAAGGAGCUCGUGUCGGGUUUACAGGCUUGCAGGCUUGCCAGCACUUGGACCUGGAUGCCAGAGUCAAUGUGGACCACAGAGCCAGUUCAUCUUCACAAAGAGCACCAUCUUGAGUCACCCAGUGGCACCAUUUUCCAUACACUGGAAUGGCCAGCUCCUCUCAAGUUUUUCUCUUGCCACAAAGUCUUUUGUGUCUUCUGCCUCCUCCCCUGCCCCCAGAUUCCUGCCAGAUGCAGUAGUUUGUCACUUUCCAAGUAGCACGGGAUAUAAAAUGCUGCCCUCUGAACCCCAGGCAUCCAAGCUAUUAUAAACGAAGCAAGAUUUAUUCUAGAGACCUGGAGCGGACACGUCACUUCUUCUGUCCUCUCUGACUGACCGAAAUCUGCUUGGGGCAAAAACAGGCAGGAAACAGCAAGCAUUCGCUGAUUGACAAAGAGACAGACCAUCCUAGGACCAUGGCCUCAGCUCUCUCUGGUGCAUCCAGCACCCUUGACUCUUCUGCAGACUCCAGCUGGAAUCCAGAAGGCGCUUCUUUCCCAAAAUCGUUUGCUUGGGGCGCAUCCACAGCUGCAUACCAGGUUGAAGGAGGCUGGGAUGCAGAUGGAAAAGGCCCCAGCGUUUGGGACACGUUCACGCAUCAGGGAGGAGAUCGGGUUUUCAAGAACCAGACUGGUGAUGUAGCUUGUGGCAGCUAUACUCUGUGGGAGGAAGAUUUGAAAUGUAUCAAACAGCUUGGAUUGACUCAUUAUCGCUUCUCUCUUUCCUGGUCACGUCUGUUACCUGAUGGGAAGACAGGUUUCAUCAACCAGAAAGGAGUUGAAUAUUAUGACAAAAUGAUUGAUAGUCUGCUAGCAAAUGACGUGACUCCUGUGGUCACCCUGUAUCAUUUCGACCUACCGCAGUGUUUAGAAGAUCAAGGGGGCUGGAGAUCAGGGGCCAUGGUGGAAGCCUUUGAUAGUUAUGCCCAGUUUUGCUUCAGAACCUUUGGGGACAGAGUGAAGCUGUGGAUCACCAUUAAUGAGCCGUAUGUUAUGGCUGAGCUCGGCUACGAAGAAGGUAUGAUGGCCCCAGGUAUUAAGGAGCUUGGCACCGGAGCAUACCUGGCCGCUCACAACAUGAUCAAAGCUCACGCUGCAGCCUGGCACACUUACGAUAGGCUAUUUCGGAAAACACAGGGCGGACUUGUGUCUAUAGCGCUCAACUCGGAUUGGGCAGAACCCUUUGAUCCGAAUUCUGUUGCUGACCAGGAAGCUGCUAAGAGGCACGUGGCAUUUUGCCUGGAUUGGUUCGCUGCCCCAAUCUUCCUCAACGGCGACUAUCCAGCCAUCAUGAAAUCCCAGAUUUCUGCUAUGUGUAAAAGGCAAGGUUCUCCAUCAUUGAGGCUUCCAGAAUUUACCGAGGAAGAAAAGAUGAUGAUCAAGGGCACCGCCGACUUUUUCUCUCUAAAUUAUUACACUUCCCGCAAAAUUAAGCACCGAGAUAAUACACAUAGCCCACCGAGUAUGUCUGCGGACAAGGAAGCGGAGCAAGUAACAGAGCCAUCCUGGCCUGUAGCAACCGGCAGUUCUUGGCUGGCUGUUGUUCCAUGGGGUUUACGCCGCCUGCUGAAAUACAUCAAGGAUACAUAUAAUCACCCUAUAAUUUACAUCACCGAGAAUGGGUUUUCCCAAAGUGACCCUGCUGCACUCGAUGACACUCAACGCUGGGAGUAUUUCAGGCUGACUUUACUGGAGAUUUUAAAAGCAAUCUACAUUGAUGGCGUCCAACUGAAAGGCUACUUUGUGUGGUCCCUUUUGGACAACUUUGAGUGGACUUGCGGAUACAGAUCUCGCUUUGGACUCUUCCAUGUGGACUUCGAAAAUCCGGCUCUCCCUCGAGCUCCUUACAAAUCGGCCAUUGAAUACGCCAAAGUUAUUGCCAACAAUGGACUGAUGAAAUCACAUGGUUGACAACUGUCUGUUAAUAAUAAACGUUGGCCACUUACAAGAGAGGCACAUGCCGUGAAAUUGCCAAAAAUAAACCAAGCUGAAUUUUAAUUUUCAAUAACUAUUUCUCAAAAAGCAGAAAUCAGAGCAAUAACUAUGCAGAAAGGGGAAGUGAACCUAUAAAGUUUUAAAGUUUGAAUUUAAAAUAAAUAAAUACAAAAUAAAUACAAAUAAAAUAAAUAAAUAAAAUAUAUUAACAUUUUCUGUAAUGUUUAAAAUACUUUUGACUUAA